ACCAAAUCCUCAGUGCCCAGAGGCCCUAUCCACACCCAGGCCGCUCCCGCCCACUUCUGCUUUCCUAGGCUGGCUGGAGGGCGGAGUUUGGAUGCUGGGGCUGGGUUCUAUUUGAGCUGCGUAGCCGAUGCUGGUCUAAUCCUUGCAGGUGACCGCUCCAGCCGCUCCAGGACAAGGACAAAAGCCACCACAUUAGGAAAAUGGCCGACGGAUUUUCUCUUAAUGAUGCCUUAUCUGGGUCUGGAAAUCCAAACCCACAGGGCUGGACACAAGGUCCUUGGGGAAACCAACCCCCUGGUAGUGGGGCAUACCCAGGAUAUCCUGGAGCCUACCCUGGUGCAGGAGCACCUGGGGCCUACCCUGGUCAAGGAGCACCUGGGGCCUACCCUGGUGCAGGAGCACCUGGGGCCUACCCUGGCCAAGGAGCACCUGGGGCCUACCCUGGUGCAGGAGCACCUGGGGCCUACCCUGGUCCAACAGCACCUGGGGCCUACCCUGGACCAGCAGCACCUGGAGCCUACCCUGGUCCGACAGCACCUGGAGCCUAUCCAGCUCCAGGACAGCCUAGUGCUCCUGGAGCUUAUCCUCCUUCAGGGCCCAUGGUUACCCCUGGUGGACCAACACCUGCUGUGGGAAGCCCAAUGGUAGUGCCUUAUGAUCUUCCCUUGCCAGGAGGAAUUAUGCCUCGCAUGCUAUUGACUAUUAUGGGCACAACGAAACCUAAUGCAAACAAAAUUGUUUUAGAUUUCAAGAAAGGGAAUGAUGUGGUUUUCCACUUCAAUCCACGCUUCAAUGAGGACAACAGACGAGUAAUUGUUUGUAAUUCAAAAUUCGACAAUAACUGGGGAAAGGAGGAAAGACACUCUGCGUUCCCAUUUGAAGCUGGUAAACCAUUCAAAAUUCAAGUUCUUGUUGAGAUUGAUCAUUUCAAGGUCGCUGUCAACGAUGCCCACUUGUUGCAGUACAAUCAUAGAAUGAAAAAUUUCAAUGAGAUCACCAAGCUGGGCAUUUCUGGUGAUAUCAACCUUACCACUGCCUCACAUACUAUGAUAUAAAUGUAAAGGAUCAGAAAGAUUUUUAAAGGAAUUUUCCUGUAAAACAUGCUUCCUGUUCAUUAUGGGGGAAAUCUUAAAGGUACUCAUACACCAUUUACUUUGUCAUAACCACACAAAAUUUAAUAAAAAUGUUCUUACAGUAA